AUGAUAGGCCUUACUUGGAACUGUAGGGGGCUUGGGAACCCCCGUACAGUUAGAGAGCUCCAAAUGCUGGUUAAAACUAAGUGGCCCAAAUUCAUUUUCCUAAUAGAAACUAAAUGUGGUAGGAACAAAGUUGAAGAGGUGAGAUCAAGGGUGGGUUUUGACUGUUCUAUAGUGGUGGAAAGUAGGGGGUUGAGUGGAGGUCUGGCCUUCAUGUGGCAUAGUGAAGAUAAUUUCAUCCUACAAUCUUACUCUCAGUACCACAUUUCGAUGCUUCUGCAAAUGGAACACAACAGGGAACAUAUCCUGUUAACUGGUUUCUAUGGAUCGCCAGUCACAGCUCAUAGGAGAGACAGUUGGAAGCUGUUUAAGUUGUUGAAACCAAGAGAGGGUCUGGCAUGGCUUUGCUUUGGAGACUUCAAUGAGAUCCUGCAUAUACAUGAGAAGCAGGGGGGAGCAGUGAGACCUCAUCACCAGAUGGAAGAAUUUAGCAGGGGUUUGAUGGAGUGUGGUCUGAGUGAUAUGGGGUUUGAAGGCAAUAAAUUCACAUGGUGUAAUAAUAGAGAGGAGCCUUUCUUCACCAAGGAAAGACUUGAUCGUGCAUUUGGAAAUUUGGAAUUAACAUUGAACUUCUCUGAAUGUUGCAUCCAGGCACUAGCAGCUCUUUCUUCAGACCAUAGUCCUCUUGUAAUGCAUCUAAAGCAGGGUGGGGGAAGGUAUAUCAGCAACGAGAAUGGGAAUGAGAGAAUUUUCAGAUAUGAAGCCUCAUGGAAAAUGUAUGAAGAUUGCAGUACAAUAGUCACCAACUGCUGGUCCCCUCAAUUGCACCAAAGAGGUUCGCAUUUGUGGUGGACACAGCAGUGA